AUGCAGAGAUCGCCGCCCGGCUACGGCGCACAGGACGACCCGCCCGCCCGCCGCGACUGUGCAUGGGCCCCGGGGCUAGGGGCCGCCGCUGAGCCGCGCGGCCUCCUCGCCGCGCCCGCCGCUCCCGCCUCGCCGCCCAGCCCGCCGCGCAGCCCGCCGCACAGCCCCGAGCCCGGGCGCUAUGGCCUCAGCCCGGCCGGCCGCGGGGAACGCCAGACGGCCGACGAGUCGCGCAUCCGGCGGCCCAUGAACGCCUUCAUGGUGUGGGCGAAGGACGAGCGCAAGCGGCUGGCCCAGCAGAACCCGGACCUGCACAACGCGGUGCUCAGCAAGAUGCUGGGCAAAGCGUGGAAGGAGCUGAACGCGGCGGAGAAGCGGCCCUUCGUGGAGGAGGCCGAGCGGCUGCGCGUGCAGCACUUGCGCGACCACCCCAACUACAAGUACCGGCCGCGCCGCAAGAAGCAGGCGCGCAAGGCCCGGCGGCUGGAGCCCGGCCUCCUGCUCCCGGGCCUCGCGCCCCCGCCGCCGGCGCCGGGCUCGACCCGCUCCUACCGGGAGCUGCCCCCGCUGGGCGCCGAGCUCGACGGCCUGGGGCUGCCCACGCCAGAGCGCUCGCCCAUGGACGGCCUGGACCCCGGCGAGGCCGCCUUCUUCCCCCCGCCCGCGGCGCCCGAGGACUGCGCGCCGCGGACCUUCCGCGCGCCCUACGCGCCCACCGACUUGCCCCGGGAGCCCAGCGGCUGCUACGGGGCACCCCUGGCCGAGGCGCUCAGGACCGCGCCUCCCGCCGCGCCGCUCUCCGGCCUCUACUACGGCGCCCUGGGCGCGCCGGGCCCGUACCCCGGCCCUCUGUCGCCGCCGCCCGAGGCCCCGCCGCUCGAGGGCGCCGAGCCUCUGGGGCCCGCCGCUGACCUGUGGGCCGACGUGGACCUCACCGAGUUCGACCAGUACCUCAACUGCAGCCGGACUCGGCCCGACGCCGCCGGGCUCCCGUACCACGUGGCGCUGGCCAAGCUGGGCCCACGCGCCAUGUCCUGCCCUGAGGAGAGCAGCCUGAUCUCGGCGCUGUCCGACGCCAGCAGCGCCGUCUACUACAGCGCGUGCAUCUCGGGCUAAGCCGCCGUGUCCACGCCGCCCCCCGCCCCAACCCGCCAGCUCCCCAGCUUCGGGCCGCCCGCCCUCAGGGGACUCGACUGUCCCGGGCUUUUCCAGGAAGCCCAGGCUUAGGACUUCUGGGCCGGCCCUGCCAGGGCUGAGAUUUUG